CACGUCAAUUAAAGUGUUUCAUUUCUUGAUGAGUGUGUGCAACUUUUAAAGGCUUUCACAGAAAUAAUCAAAAAAAUUUUGUUAAUAAAGUGAAUAAUUAGACACAUACAAUUUCGAAAAGUGAAUUGAGAGUAAUUUAAAAAUGUCUCAGUCAACAGUGCCCUGUUAUACGAUUAUCAAUUCGACCGACUUGGAGGUGCCCAAUGAAAUGCAGUUGAAACAAGAUCUUGAAAAGGGGGAUACUAAUGUUAAGAUAGAAACACUGAAGAAAGUUAUACAAUUGCUUUUGAAUGGUGAACGUUUGUCCGGUCUAAUAAUGACUAUUAUACGUUUUGUAUUGCCGGUGCAAAAUCAUGCCAUAAAAAAGUUAUUGCUUGUUUUUUGGGAGAUUGUACCGAAAACCUCGCCGGACGGUAAGCUUUUACAGGAAAUGAUACUAGUUUGCGACGCUUACAGGAAGGAUUUGCAACACCCCAACGAGUUUUUACGUGGCUCCACUUUACGGUUCCUUUGUAAACUUAAAGAGCCAGAGUUGUUGGAGCCUUUAAUGCCAUCUAUACGUGCUUGUCUUGAACAUCGGCAUUCUUACGUGCGUCGUAAUGCCGUUCUGGCUAUAUUCACAAUAUACAAAAACUUUGAUUGGUUGGUGCCAGAUGGUCCUGAAUUGAUAGCCAACUUUCUAGAUACACAACAAGAUAUGUCCUGCAAACGUAAUGCCUUCCUUAUGUUGCUGCAUGCCGACCAAGAGCGCGCAUUGAACUACUUGGCGUCAUGUAUUGAUCAGGUUAAUAAUUUUGGUGAUAUACUUCAGUUGGUUAUUGUGGAGCUUAUAUACAAAGUAUGUCAUGCCAAUCCUGCCGAACGUUCUCGCUUCAUACGUUGUAUUUACAAUCUUUUGAAUUCUUCAUCCAACGCUGUACGUUAUGAGGCAGCUGGCACCUUAAUAACACUCUCUUCCGCUCCUACAGCCAUAAAAGCGGCGGCUGGUUGUUACAUUGAAUUAAUAGUUACAGAAAGCGAUAACAAUGUUAAACUAAUUGUCUUAGAUCGUUUGAUAGCAAUGAAGGAAAACGAAAAUAUCGAAAAGGUUAUGCAAGAUUUAGUUAUGGAUAUACUGCGUGUGUUGGCUGCUCCUGAUAUUGAGGUUCGUCGAAAAACUUUGAAUCUAGCUAUGGAUUUAGUUUCAUCGCGGAAUAUUAGUGAAAUGGUGUUGGUGUUGAAAAAAGAAGUAUCGAAAACCCAUAAUGUGGCACACGAGGAUACUGGCAAAUAUCGUCAACUAUUAGUAAGAACAUUACAUUCGUGCUCUAUUAAAUUUCCUGAUGUAGCAGGUAAUGUUAUCCCAGUAUUGGUGGAGUUCUUGUCCGACACCAACGAAUUGGCGGCAGCUGAUGUGUUAAUUUUUAUACGUGAAGCUAUACAGAAAUUUCCAUCGUUGCGCAAUUUAAUUAUUGGACACUUGAUAGAGGCUUUUUCACAAAUUAAAUCAUCUAAAAUACAUCGGGCUGCUGUUUGGAUCUUAGGAGAGUACGUGAACGACAAAAACCAAGUAUUAGAAGUUAUCGAGGUUAUCAUCCAAACAUUAGGCGAAGUCCCUAUGGUGGAAGCGGAACAACGACGUUUAGCCGGUGACCAAACAGAAGAAGAAAUGAUGAAUCACCGCAACAACAAUAGUCAACCAAGCCAGACGAACACCAACAACAGUAAAGUCACUUCAGAUGGCACUUACGCUACUCAAAGCGCUUUCAGCUUAGCUCCGAUUUCUAAAAAGGAAAAGCGCCCACCUUUGCGCGAAUAUCUGAUGGCAGGGGAUUUCUUUAUUGGUGCUGCACUCUCGGCUACUUUAACCAAACUGGCUUUACGCUAUGCUGAUUUGGAAGACGACGCAAAAGCCCAAAAUCGUCUUACCACUCGCGUGAUGCUUAUAAUGAGCUCGAUUUUACAUUUGGGUAGAUCUGGUUUCACGAACAAACCAAUCACCAACGAUGAUACUGACCGCAUUUUUAUUUGCUUACGUACACUUAGCGAACGCACCAAGGAUGUCGUGCAAGUAUUUGAGCGCUAUUGCCGUGAAGCGUUGGGGAAAAUGUUAGAUGCCCAAUACGAAGAGGACCAGCGGGUGUUUAGGGAGAAACAAAAAGCCACUGCUAAAGUACAGCCAGAUGAUCCAGUUGUCUUCGCACAGUUAUCAAAUGGACGUGAAAAUCAAUUGGGUGAAAACGUAUUUGAGUCGAGUUUGAAUCAAGCUUUGGCCGGCACAAAAUCAAAUAAUUUAAGUGACGUUUCUUCACCCAACAAUAAAUUAAAUAAAGUUACGCAGUUGACGGGAUUCUCGGAUCCAGUAUAUGCUGAAGCUUACGUCAAUGUCAACCAAUACGAUAUUGUUUUAGAUGUCUUGAUUGUUAACCAGACAAAUGAUACUUUGCAAAAUUGUACUUUGGAAUUAGCUACUUUGGGGGAUUUGAAAUUGGUGGAAAGACCUCAGUCCGUUGUUUUAGCUCCUCACGACUUUUGCAAUAUUAAGGCUAAUGUUAAAGUAUCUUCAACUGAAAAUGGUAUUAUAUUUGGUAACAUCGUUUAUGAUACUUCCAUUAAUACUAAUGUGGUUGUGCUAAAUACAACCCAUAUCGACAUUAUGGACUAUAUAAUACCGGCUUCUUGUACUGAUACUGAAUUUCGGCAAAUGUGGCAAGAUUUCGAAUGGGAGAAUAAGGUUACUGUUAAUACCACCUUCACCGAUUUGCAUGAAUAUUUAAAACACUUGCUUAAAAGCACCAACAUGAAAUGUUUAACGCCCGAAAAAGCUUUAUCGGGUCAAUGCGGUUUUAUGGCUGCUAACAUGUAUGCAAAGUCCAUUUUUGGUGAAAAUGCUUUAGCCAAUUUAAGCAUUGAAAAGCCCAUUGAUGAUCCUGAUUCUAAGGUAACUGGACAUAUUAGGAUACGCGCUAAGAGUCAGGGUAUGGCCUUAAGUUUGGGCGAUAAAAUGAGUUCAUCACAAAAACUAGCUGUACAAGCCUCUUAAGCACACUUCUUUUUGCUCAUUCCUAACAUCAAUAAUAUUAUUAUUUACUAUUAUUUUUUGCAAAGCUUUAGCGUUUAAGUAUUUUACACAAUUUGAACACAGACGAAAAAGAAAAUGGAAAACCUGAAAUCA